AUGUCAGCUGGAUACACUGAAGAAGAACGUCAGGCGGCGUACUACGCCGCCCAAGCAGCCGGACCCUCCGCCACGCCCACUUACUACGGCUCGGCAGGCUACGCACCCGCAGCCGGUCCUUCUACUUCGUCUUCCACCUACGUGCCGAACCAUAACAACGCAUACGAUCCGGAGAUGGCUCAACAGUCCUUGGCUUACAACUAUAAGCCUGAUCAAGCUUCUUCUUCGGCUGGACCUUCAGGAGCUGGUUUACCAGGCGCUGGGGCCGGUGCUGGUGCAGGUGCAGGUCUUGGGGCCGGAGCAGGAGCAGCUACAGACCCGGCAACUCAAGGAUAUAUGGGACCUGAUGGUAAAUGGGUUCAUCCGCCUAAACCGACCAAGAAGGCCGCGCAGGGGAAGAGGGAGACGGUCAUCAGGUCUAAAGGAGGGAGGGUCUGGGAGGAUCAGACGUUGUUGGAGUGGGACCCUUCCUGGUUCAGACUCUUCGUCGGAGACCUGUCCAACGACGUCAACGAUAACACGCUCAACAACGCGUUCGCAAAGUACCCGAGUUAUUGUAAAUGCAAGGUCGUCAGGGAUCGGUUGAGCAUGAAGGCCCGAUACGGUUUCAUAGCCUUCUCAGACCCUGAAGACUACCUCAAAGCGUGGAAAGAGAUGGACGGCAAGUACGUGGGUAAUCGGCCGAUCAGGCUGAUGAAGUGUACAGACAAGUUUGGGGGGACCAAGGCGGUCCAGAUUGGGGCGAGGAGGGGGAAGGAAUUGGACAAGAUUCAGAAGAACAAGGGGAAGCCUUUGGAUGGGCGGCCGGUCCCUUGGUAG